AUGGCUUCCAAGAAGACCAAGGCGCCCGCCGCCGACGACAACUUCGAUGAGCUCUUCUCCGGCAUUGGCGAUGACGCCAAGUCCAAGGAACCCUCUGGCGCAGCAUCCAAAACUUCAAAAUCAGCGGCCUCCAAGAGCAAGGCAGACGAUAUCUUUGCCGACCUCGAAUCCGAGCUCGCGUCCCCGCCUGAGAAAGCAGCUAUUUCCCGACCACACACCCCACGCGUGAACCCCGGCAAGCGGUCGACGGCGACGCCCCCCGUCACAGACGACAAGGCCCCUGCUGGCGCCGUCGGACGAAAGUCGACAGACAGCGCAAGGAGUCUCAGGGCAAGCUUCACGCCCAGCGUCACAAGCUCGGAGCUACACGAAGCGGAGAAGAAGGGUCCCGUCGAACAGACAUCGCAAGCGUCUGCUCCCCAGCAGCAGCAGCAGCAACAACAGCAACAACAACAGAUCGGUGGAGGAUGGCUUGGGGGAUGGAUCUCUACAGCCACAGCGACGGCCAAUGCGGCUAUGAAACAGGCCGAAGCUGCGUAUAAGGAGAUCCAGCAGAACGAGGAAGCCAAGAAAUGGGCGGAGCAAGUCAAGGGCCUCCGCCAGAUCGACGUGGGAGCAAUCCGUCACUAUGGUGAUGAGCUUCGCCACAUGGCCAUGCCAACGUUGUCGAACCUUCUACACACCCUGGCGCCUCCAAUUGGAUCACACGAACGACUCCUGAUUCACAUCACCCAUGACCUGGUCGGAUACCCUUCGCUGGACCCAUUGAUCCACGGCGUUUUCGCGCGCGUCAUGUCGCAAGUCGAGGGCGGAGAUUUGCUGGUCGUCCAGCGUGGGGCAGAGAGCGCCUCGCGACGAUCCAGCGAUGGCUCGGCUGGCUGGCACGACGGCCCCUGGUGGCGUCAGGUCGAUUCCCCGCGUGAGUUGGGUCUGGUCAAGGGCUUGGCAGAGGGCACAAAACUCUGCCGUGCCAGUGCCGAGAGCUAUUCGGCAGAGUACUUUGCUGCCCACGGUGGCAUCGACGAGGCCAAAAUCAGGGCUACCGAAGCCGUGAGCGAGGCCAACCCAGUGCGCACCUCGGACCUAUUCCUGUCCGUGCAGGCCAUUUCCAUGGACGGCGAGCUAAAACUGUUCGCCGGCAGUGCCACCUCCGAGCAACAGAAGGAGGCGUCUGCGGUCAAAGACCAGGCCGAAGAGGAGGUUUGCUUUGCCGUCUACAUCCUCGACCCCGUCCACGAUAUACACUAUGCGACUGUUAGCCAGGCCAUUCCCUCGCGGUGGGUGCGUUGGCUUGAUGCACCCACCCUCCUGACGCCGACAUCCGGCGAAGAGGAAUCCAAGACUCCGACCGAUCUCGACGAGCUGCCUGACGAGAUCCGCGAGAUUGUCGCUAGCGGCGGCGUCGAUCCUCGGGAAUGGGUUGCCGAGUGGAUCGAGGAGCUUCUGAGUUUGUCCGUCGGUGUGGUUGCUCAGCGAUACGUAGCCAGGCGGAUGGGGGUUGGCGAGGGCGGUCUUGGCAAGGGCAAGAAGAGAAUGGAGGACGUCGUUCUUGACAAUGCUGGCGAAGCGGCCAGAGCCGGCGUGAUCUAG